ACACCAUGGUUAUGUAGAGGGCUCGCUCGGAGUGCGGUGGAAUGGUGAGCGGUGUUGCCUCGUAAUGCCUGUAAAUAGCGUAGAAAACAAGUGGAUCUCUCUUCAAUGAGAAUCAAAUAGAACGUAUAGAAUCGACAGGAUUGCGAAUUGCGAGCAGAGAGGGAAGGAGAGAGAAGAGCUGAAAUUGAUUAGGGAAAAAAAUAAGUCGUAGAAUUCUGUAUUAAAGUACAACAUGUCUGACAGUUCGGACGACGACACGAAUUACGCCGACGUUCAGGAAAAAAGACCGUGGGUCUUGUACCAAGACCGCGAUGAUUGGAGAGAUGUAACUCCUUUACCUCAGGAUGAUGGUCCUAAUCCUAUCGUAGCAAUAGCAUACUCCGUAAAGUUCAAGGAUGCCUAUGAUUACUUCCGUGCCAUUCUGAAGAUGGGUGAAAAGUCGGAUCGCGCACUGGCCCUAACCGCUGAUUGUACGUGGCUCAAUCCAGCCAACUACACCGUAUGGCAAUACAGAAGAGAGAUACUUGAAACUCGUAAAGAACAGAAAAGUAAAUUGCUUGAGGAGCUGGAGUACACUGAGCGGAUGAUAAAGUAUAACUCGAAGAAUUAUCAGGUCUGGCAUCACAGGAAAGUCAUCGUCGAGUGGUUGAACGAUCCUGGUGAUGAGUUGGCAUUUGUGGAGACCGUUUUGUGUAAGGAUGCCAAGAAUUACCACGCCUGGCAACACCGUCAGUGGUGCAUACAAACUUUCAACCUGUAUGAUAAAGAAUUGGAAUACGUGGAGCGGUUGUUAAACAAAGAUGUCCGUAACAAUUCUGCUUGGAAUCAGCGUUAUUUUGUAAUAAGUAAUACGACUAAGUUUGAGCAAGAUGUGAUAGAUAGAGAAAUUGACUUUGCGCUGGAAAAGAUAGAACUAGUAAAGGGAAACGAGAGCGCUUGGAAUUACUUGAGAGGGAUACUGUUACAAGAUAGCAAAGGAUUAGGUCACAAUGAGAAAGUAAGACAAAAAUGCGAAGAAAUGUAUAAAAACGGAUGCCGCACUAAUCAUUUGUUGGCCUGUAUGAUCGACAUUUGUCAAGAAAGAUAUCCGUCUAACGAAACCCCAACCUCCUUGUUUCACAUCAAUUUUGCAUCUCAGCUGUGCAAAGAUUUAGCGACAAAACACGAUACCAUAAGGUGGCGAUACUGGGAUUAUGUAGGCAGUCAGCUUGCGGCGAAACUGAAAACUGAAAAUCCGAAUUGAGGAUUAAAACAAUCUUAUGAUGCGAAUUAUUCAAAGAAUUUUAGACAAUGUUUUUACUUGUCAAUCACUAUCAUGGUUGAUGUAUUUUGGCCUCUUGUCUAUAAAUACAUGUUACAAUAAUAGGAAGAACAAUUUUUACGGUUGAUUUUACGGUUAUUAUAUACGGUUGAUUAUAAAACAGAAGAUAUAGUAUUUUUGAUGAUUCUAAAGCAGAAUUUGUAAUUUAAUUUCUCAUAUAUAUCGGGGAUGGUGUCCAGGAAACUUUCAGUCACUGAACUGUUGAAGGUACAUUGAAAAUUUGCAUAUAUAAAAUGCUUUAAUCCACGGUCUGUCAUUGUUUUGUCAACCACAAGAUGCAUCGUUCUGCGUCAUUUAAAAAUAAAAAAAUAAAAUGUUGAUUUAAAAAAUGUUUUAUACAGGCUGUCCGGUAAUAAAUCACUCUGUGA